AUGCCAGAGCCCACUAAAGAAAGUAUCAGACAACCAAUCCCUAUCACAUUAUUAUCGGGGUUUUUAGGUUCCGGUAAAACUACAUUACUUGAACAUAUUCUCACUACCGACCAUUCUUUAAAAAUUGCAGUGAUUAUCAACGACGUUUCUAAAUUAAAUAUAGAUGCCGCUUUAAUUAAAAAUCAUGUCGUCAAUAGAAGGGAAGAAAAAAUGAUUCAGUUGCAAAAUGGAUGUAUUUGUUGCACUUUGAGAGGUGAUUUACUAGAGGAACUAAUCCAGUUGGCAAAAAAUGGUGAAUUUCAUUACAUAGUCAUCGAGUCUACAGGAAUAUCUGAGCCGAUGCAGGUUGCUGAAACGUUUACCACAGAGUUUUCUGAGAUGCUUUUAGAAUCUGAUGGUUCAAUACCUCGAGAAGAUGAAAAAAUUAUUAGAGACAUAAUUGAUCUAGGUGGAUUGAACAAAUUAACGAAGCUUGAUACAUGUGUCACUGUUAUUGACGCUUUAAAUUUUUUAUCAAAUAUUGAAACAACCCAGUUUUUAGCUGAUAGAUAUGGUGAUAAUGGACAAGGAGAAAAAGAAAGAACAAUUACUGAUUUGAUGGUCGAUCAAAUAGAAUUUUCAGACGUUAUUGUUAUCAAUAAAAUAUCUGCCAUUAAAAAGCGAAAGCAACGGAAGAUUAAAAAAAUGAUAAAGUCAUUGAAUCCCGUAGCCAAAAUUUUGGAUGCUGAUUACUGCAAAAUUGACAUUAAUGAAGUGAUCAAUACAGAAAAAUAUGACUUUGAGAAAGCAUCUACAUCAGCAGGAUGGUUGCAAAGCAUUAACGAAAUGACUCUAAGGGAUGGAUUUGGUGAUAAAUCUUCUACAGCCUUAACUCCCAAACCUGAAACUGAAGAAUAUGGGAUUAAUAAUUUUGUCUAUAAGGUUCGGAGGCCAUUUCAUCCAAAGCGUUUUUAUGAAAUGAUAAGAGAUAAAUUCUUCGUAAUAGAACAAUCAGGAUUUGAAGAUGAAGAGGCACAAAUAGGAGAUGAUUCUAAUGAAUUGGACAAUGAAGACCUGGAAGAUGAGAACCUGGAUGAAGAAGAAGAAGAAGAAGAAGAAGAAGAAUAUUUUGAACCAUCAGAGAAGCAGAUUUUGAAAAAUAAAAAGCUGUCCCCGUUUGGUCCCUUGUUACGCUCCAAAGGAUUUUUCUGGUUGGCAUCAAGGUAUAUCAUUAGGGGAGAAUUGUCUUCUGCUGGACCAAUGUUAACUAUAAAAGGUGGGAUUCCCUGGUUUGGUGUGACAGGCCCGGACUUGUUUCCUCCUGAAGCUGCAAAAUUAAUUCAAGCAGAUAUGCGUGGUAAGCAUGACGAUAGGCGAAAUGAAUUGGUAUUCAUUGGUUUAAACAUUAACCUGACGAAAUUAUCUGAAACAUUAGAUUCUUGCUUAUUAACAGAUGAUGAGUAUAAGCUAUUCGAGGAAGUAGUCGACGAAGAGAAAAAUUUGUUUAAGAUUGAAAAAAGGUUACAAGGAGUAUUUGAAGAUGGAUUUGCUGAUUGGAUCACCUUUGACGAAGGAAAUGACCAGGGUGACGAUGUUAAGACUGAAAACAGUAACCAUAACCAUAGCCAUAGCCAUAACCAUAGCAAUAGUCAUAUUGGUGAAAGGCAUUUGAAGUCUUCAAUAAGUAUACAAUAA